GCGGCUCCUGAUGCUGAGCUGCCAGUGCCCGCGGCCGCAGUCGGCAUUGCAGCGCAGGGCGCCGAGGGCGAUGCCCUGGCGGACGACGCUGCUGUUGCCUUGCCAGACGAUGACAUCAUGGCCGUCGAGCCUGAGAGCGUGGACUCGCCCAACGAUUUCACGCGGAUCCAGUACGACGGGGACCUCCUGACGGUGUAUUACGACCAUUUUGACCGCCGCUGGAAGGUCAUCUAUGACGUCACUGGGGAGCGCCAUGUGCUGCCAGCGACGCUUGGCGAAUGGAUCUUGGAUGCGGACACCGACGCUGGCGAGGCCUACGUUGUCGAAGUGGUGGAGCGGGAGGGCGUGCCGACGCAGAUCGAUUUGGAUGACGUGCUGCGCAUGGUCCCUUACCAACGAGAGAGUGACAAGGAUGUGAUGUUCCAUGACUCCGUCGAAAACGACACGUUUUCAGCUCCUGAGGCGAAGCGGCUCCACCAGAACGUCGCUCUCAGCAUCAAGGACGAAGUGAGCCAAGCGAAGAGCAAGGUCAGCAUCUUCAUCUUCGACCUCCCCCGUAAUGGUUGUCAUGUUUAUUUCGACGUCCACGGCGUCUUCGAGGCCAUGGAUGUGCACCAUUUUACGCAACAGUAUGGGACGUACAUAUGCAACCAGUGGAAGCGGUGGCACACAGCGGCUUCGAAACUCGGCGUGCAUGGCGUCCUCAGCUCGGCGCCGUACCAGAACAGCCCGCACUUUGAGGAGGGGCCGAAUGCCUCGCGGCCGCUUUCGGAAAAGACGUUCUCGACGUGCGCGUUGAUCUACAUGCUGGGCAGAUGGAGCAGUGACAAACAGCGCAAUGGCAGGUUCGUGGGCCAGGGGGCUGCAGACAAGGCCGUCUCUUUCCUGGGGCGCAUGCUCAAAGGCCUGUUCGCCAGCCGCGACAGUGGCAUCACCAUGUCUGUCUAUUUGGAUGGUGACUUUCAGCGGCGUCCGAAUGGAUCUAUGUUUUUUGGCAAAACCUUGUGCGUGCUGCCUGUGUCCACGGUGGGCCGCGUGGACUUUUCCAACCUCAAUGACCUUUCCCGCGCUGGCUCGGAACGGGCCGCUGCUCUUUGGAAUCUGCUCGCUCAGAGGUUCGACAUUCAGGACGUCAUGCUCGUCGAUUUCGUCGCGUGGGUGGCCAGCCUGCCUCCCCAACCGUGCCAUGCCAAGUUUCAGCUGCAGGUCUUCUGCUGCCUCGGCUCCCUCAUCGACCAGAUCAUCUGCGACCUCUGGGACGAGCAGGGGACCAACCCGAUGUUCGAAAUCGAGGCGUUCCAGGGCUGCAAGAAGCGCCUCCUGCAGGAAAACGCCAUGUACAUCGCUCGGUCUCGUUCCGUGGCCUCGGCGGACGGCUGCAAGUUCCUUUCGUCCACGUUCGACUCGUCAAAUGUCCGGGGAUCUACUGUCAUGAAUGGAGCGUACGUUCUCCCUGACAACCGUGCGUGGUGGGGUUGCCCUCAGGAGACCGCGGCCUUCGUCGGGCAGGCGACCGAAGCCCACGCUCGGGGCGACAGCGAGCUGGAGGCUGCUCUGGCUGACAUGCGGGAUCGGCAUCAGAACCUUCUGAAACGCAAGGCGAAUGACGGCAGGAAGCUCAUCUGGCGGCCCAAGAAGAAACAUCGGAAGGCCUCGGCGAAUCUAGGCUGCGAGGUUGACAACCAGAUGUCCCUGUUCCUGCCUAAAGGCAUCUUUGCCUUCAGGGUCCCAUUCGAAGAGGCGGAGCGUCUUCCUGCGAUUGAGUGGCCUCGGUGGAGCGUAUGCCCUGACCAGGGCCCCACGUGCGUGACUGCGGUGUCCCACUGGCAGAGGAAGCUGAACGUCAACGUCGACGUGACGUGGGACAUGUGCCACCGCUGGCACAACGACAUCAUGGGCGGCCUCAAGGCGAGCGGACUCGGAAACCAUCUCACGCUCGCACUGCUGCGGGUCAACAUUCCGAGCUCCCCCUGGCACCAGGACGAGCGCCUCAACCAGAACAGGGACGCGUUCGAUGAGCUCAUGAAGUUUGAGGCGCCAGAGACUUGCGUACUAUUCAAGGCCAUGGCCGUCGACAUGCUGAAAGAGGAGGCGGGUCGGUCUUUCGCGGCCGAGGAGCACCCGGAGCAGGCUUUAUGGAACAGCUUCAAGGAGGAUAACCCCCUGACCCUCAAGGACACCGUGGUCGUGAACUCACGCUGGGUGAAGCUCAUCCGCAAGCUUCGCGACGACAUCAGGAACUACCAUCAAAGGGCGUUCAUUUACCUCCACACGUGCGUCGAGAUGGAUUUGCUUGUGACAGAUCAAAUGAGCAGGAUUGUCGCCCACAGCAUGGCGAUCCCCACUGUCACGUCGGCCAGGCGCCUCACACCAGAGGAACUCGCAGUCCGUAAGAACAAUUGCAACCAGCUUGUGAUGGGCUUGAUGGACAUGUUGAACCCAGACACGUUGAGGAAGGACGAGGUUUGCGUUUGUGCCGCGGAGCCUUGGGAGCAAGCGUUCGGCGAGAUGAAUGCUACGCUGCGGAAUUGCCAUGAUGGGAUGAAAUGGAUGCUCGAACACUUGGAUGGUCACUUCGUGUCGGUGUGCAUGGCGACCUUCAAGCAAUUGAGCUCAGUCGCUGCGCUCCGCUACUGUCAGUUCAUUCUGCCGCAGCCAGGGGCGAUGGCUCCACAGGAUUGGGACCGCACCAAGUUCGAUGAAGAUCAGGUUGCCGAAUGUUUCGCCCACGCCGUGAUGUGUAUCAACGCAAAGCGGAUCAGCAGCAGUGCACCGCUAUUGCUUGGCUGGUCUUCCCGUUCGAUAUAUUUCACCAGGGACGACGACAAAGCAAAGAACGAGAUCGCGAAGCUGAGAGCUGAUGCGGACACCUUUGAACACUUCCAGGGCAAAGGUGGCGACAUCGAGGAGGGCAUCGACUUCGUGAUGCGCAGCCCGUUCCAGACGAUGGCCGUGCAGCAGGUGUACCAAGUAGUUCGCGACAAGGGGUUCGCCCUUGAUCCUGAGGCCACUCGCUUCUUCCAGAAGGCGCACAGCCGCUUGCUCAUCAGCCAGUGCGUGGAGGACGGUUUCAACGAGCAGAAGAACGCGACGCUGCCGUACGCCAACCGCCGGGCCAGCAUGGAGACCAAUCUGACUGUGAUCAGGGAGCGGCGCGCAUUAUCUACUAAGCACGACUUCAAGGAGCUCGAGGAAAGCGUGGCUUCGAGGGGCGCGGGCGCGCCGCAUCUCAAUUCAGCUUCUUACCAACGCCCCUGGAUGCAGAACCCGGAGGAGCUUCGCAGCCUAUCGGGUUACAACAAGCAGGCUGAUUUUUAUUCACCUCGAGCCGACCACUGGGGCGCCCAGUUCGCUGACCAGGUCUUGGCGCAGCAGGUCAGGUGCAGCGGUUCUGAGGGCAAGAUCCACCAGGCGUGGCUGGGCUCCAUGUUUGAUUGUCGGCACAACAUUGUCGUGCGGCGCGUGCGGGAUGGGGCCCCAGUCGGACCUCUACUUCUUCCACUUGGACACAUGUAUCAGAGCGCUGCUAUCGCCUGGCCGGUCGAGAAGCAGACGAUCACGGUAGGAGAGAGCACCUACGAGUAUUUUGUCUUCCAGCGGCCAGCAGACGAGCGUGCCAUAUUUCAUGCCGUGGUUGACCACGCAGAGUGGGAAGCAGUACGAGUCGAGUGGAAGUCCCCGUUUUCACAGUGCCUCGAAUGGGGCGUGCAUGGGAAAUCUCAUGGAGUAUUUCCGUUUGCCCGGGGUGAGUUCCGUCCCAUUUUGAAGGUACUUGCUGAGUCGUGCUUCGGAGUUCUCAAAAAAGACUUCCUAACGAAACUGGCCCAGAUUCUGGGGGUGGGCGAUGCGACGUCCAACGGCCUCUACCACAUUCUGGAGGCCCUCGUCCGCCACGAACUGAAGCCCAUCAGCGAGUCGGACCUCAGCGCUAUUAUGAGCAAGCGUCUAGCUUCAUUUGCCACCGAACAGGAUACCAUCAUUUCUGUCUUCAUGGACGUGGACGGCGCCCACGAAUACCUCACGAAAGAUGACCACGAGAACCUCGUGCAGAGCGGGAAGAAAGUGAAAAUAGCAAUUGCAGAGCUGAGCGACUACUCGACGGAGUACAAAAAGCGGCGUGCAGAGAUCAGGGAUGCCUUGAUGGCCGCGGAGGCGCUC